GCGGUUAGAAUGAAGGAAAGCUACUGGUUAGGCCGUUGGUAGGGAUUCCGCCAUGUUUAGUUUAUUCUGUACAGGCUCAUGGGUAAUGGACUAAUUUGAGCUAGAAGGCAGUUUUUCGGUAUUUUUGUUGUGGGGGUCUGUAGUCUCGGUAGCCAAUUAAAAUGUCUGGAGAUGCUGCUCUGGAUCAGGCUGCUGAAUAUGUACCAGAAAAGGUGAAGAAGGCAGAGAAGAAACUGGAAGAAAAUCCAUACGACCUUGAUGCAUGGAGCAUUCUCAUUCGAGAGGCACAGAAUCAACCAAUUGAUAAAGCACGGAAGACUUAUGAGCGUCUUGUCACCCAGUUCCCUAGUUCUGGCCGAUUCUGGAAACUGUUUAUUGAAGCAGAGAUAAAAGCCAAAAACUAUGACAAGGUUGAAAAGCUGUUUCAGAGAUGCCUUAUGAAAGUUUUACACAUAGACUUAUGGAAAUGUUACCUUUCGUAUGUACGAGAUACUAAAGGGAAGCUUCCAACUUACAAAGAAAAAAUGGCUCAGGCAUACGACUUUGCCCUAGAUAAAAUUGGCAUGGAAAUAAUGUCAUACCAGAUUUGGGUGGACUACAUAAACUUUCUGAAGGGAGUGGAAGCUGUGGGCUCCUAUGCAGAAAAUCAAAGGAUAACAGCAGUCCGCAGGGUUUACCAGCGAGGAUGUGUGAACCCAAUGAUCAAUAUUGAGCAACUCUGGAGAGAUUACAACAAAUACGAAGAGGGUAUUAACGUCCACCUGGCUAAGAAGAUGAUAGAAGACCGUAGUAGAGACUACAUGAACGCUAGACGUGUGGCAAAGGAGUAUGAAACUGUUAUGAAAGGCUUGGAUCGCAAUGCUCCUUCAGUGCCCCCACAGAAUACACCACAAGAAGCACAGCAAGUAGAAAUGUGGAAGAAGUAUAUUCAGUGGGAAAAGAGCAAUCCACUUCGAACAGAGGAUCAAACUUUAAUUACAAAAAGAGUUAUGUUUGCCUAUGAGCAAUGCCUUCUGGUCCUUGGACACCAUCCUGACAUUUGGUAUGAAGCUGCUCAGUACCUUGAACAGUCCAGCAAGUUGUUAGCAGAAAAAGGGGACAUGAACAAUGCUAAGUUGUUUAGUGAUGAAGCAGCAAACAUUUAUGAGAGAGCCAUCAGCACAUUAUUGAAGAAAAAUAUGCUUCUGUAUUUUGCCUACGCUGACUAUGAAGAGAGUCGCAUGAAGUAUGAAAAGGUGCACAGCAUUUACAACAGACUCUUAGCAAUUGAAGAUAUUGAUCCUACUUUGGUUUACAUCCAGUAUAUGAAAUUUGCAAGGAGAGCAGAAGGCAUCAAGGCUGGUCGAAUGAUAUUUAAAAAAGCAAGAGAGGACACCCGAACUCGUCAUCAUGUUUAUGUUACAGCAGCAUUAAUGGAAUACUAUUGUAGUAAGGACAAGUCUGUGGCCUUUAAAAUCUUUGAGUUGGGCUUGAAGAAGUAUGGAGACAUUCCAGAAUAUGUACUGGCAUACAUCGAUUAUCUGUCACACCUAAAUGAGGACAACAACACUAGAGUUUUGUUUGAGCGGGUGUUAACAUCAGGAAGUCUUGCACCAGAGAAGUCUGGAGAGAUCUGGGCACGAUUCUUGGCAUUUGAAAGCAAUAUUGGAGAUUUAGCCAGUAUCUUGAAAGUAGAAAAACGAAGGUUUGCUGCCUUUAGGGAAGAAUAUGAAGGCAAAGAAACAGCACUGCUAGUGGACAGGUACAAAUUCAUGGAUCUCUAUCCCUGUUCAACAAGUGAGCUGAAAGCCCUUGGUUAUAAGGAUGUAUCCCGUGCCAAAUUUGCAGCCCUUUUACCAGACCCUGUUGUAGCUCCUUCUGCACCUGUUUUGAAGGAUGAAGUAGACAGAAAGCCUGAAUAUCCCAAACCAGAUACAAACCAGAUGAUACCGUUCCAGCCUAGACAUCUAGCACCACCAGGUUUGCAUCCAGUACCAGGUGGUGUGUUUCCAGUACCGCCUGCUGCUGUCAUACUAAUGAAACUACUUCCACCUCCAGUAUGCUUCCAGGGUCCAUUUGUGCAGGUAGAUGAACUUAUAGAAACAUUUCGAAGGUGUCCGCUGCCAGAAAGUGUUGAUCAGGCUAUUGAAAUAAUUACUGGUGGCCAGCCUGAUUUGCUCCUUGAAGGCAAUGGACCUCUGGAGAACAGUACAUUGCUUAACAAACCACUAAAAAGGGCAAAUGAAGAUUCAGAUGAUGAUGAAGAAAAAGGGUCAAUGGCUCCCCCUAUACAUGAUAUCUACAGAGCACGACAACAAAAGAGAAUUCGGUGAAGUAAACAGUGGUAUUCAUGGACUGUGAAUUACUUUUCUAUUAGAAAGAAAAUUUUCUCUGCCUUCUUUGGUAAAGACAGCAUCCCCCAAUGGAAUUGGAAACAAGGAAAAAAAAAGACUCCUUACAGGAUGUUACACAUUGCCUAAAAGAUCAUCUGGGUUUUGAAUGUCAAGAAUCCAGCAGAUUAUCAAGACUGCAUUUUAAUCACUUUCAAGUAUGACACUAGCUGCAUCUUGAAGUUUUGUGGGAUUUGUCAGUUUUAUUGUAAAAACUGAAUGACUUGUAAAGUAUUUUAAAUUGAUACAUUGCACAAACAGUAGCUCUUAUUUUGCUGCUGUAGAGCCCUGCCUCCUUGUUUUGUUUUAUUUAUGGCAGAAUGUAAGAGAUCUGUUUUGUAGUUAAGAUUAAAUACUCUUUCAUCUUAAAA